AUGAAAAGAAUUUACCAAAAGCUAACGGGUGAGGACAGUUCUAAAGAUAACAGAAAGAAGAAGGUAACCAGAUUAGGUUUGGAAGCGAAAAAAGAAGACAAUUUAUCUGAAUGGUAUUCACAGGUCAUCCAGAAAUCUGAGAUGAUAGAGUAUUAUGAUGUGAGUGGGUGUUAUAUAUUACGUCCGUGGUCGUAUUCCAUCUGGGAAGCUAUCAAAUCUUUCUUUAAUGGUGAAAUAAAGAAGCUGGGCGUAGAAAAUACGUAUUUUCCCAUGUUUGUUUCCCGUGCUGCCUUGGAAAAAGAGAAGACGCAUAUUGCAGAUUUUGCGCCGGAGGUUGCAUGGGUAACAAAAUGCGGAAAAACGGACAUAGCAGAACCUAUAGCAAUUCGACCAACAAGUGAAACCGUCAUAUACCCAGCUUAUUCUAGAUGGAUAAAAUCCCAUAGAGAUCUUCCAUUAAAGCUAAACCAAUGGUGUAACGUCGUUAGAUGGGAAUUCAAACACCCCCAGCCAUUUCUUCGUACGAGAGAAUUUUUGUGGCAAGAAGGACAUACUGCCUGGGCAAAUAAAAAGGAUGCUGAAGAAGAAGUAUAUACCAUCUUGGAGCUAUAUGCCAGAGUAUAUGAGGAUCUUUUAGCAAUACCAGUUGUUCGUGGUAGAAAAACUGCUAAAGAAACAUUUGCCGGAGCAGACUUCACUACAACGGUCGAGUCGUAUAUUUCAGCUAGUGGAAGAGGAAUCCAGGGUGCAACCUCACAUCACCUUGGUCAGAACUUUUCAAAAAUGUUUGAGAUUGUAUAUGAAAACCCUGAUACUCAGGAAAAAGAAUUCGUCUAUCAGAACUCUUGGGGUUUAACUACUCGUACCAUUGGCGUUAUGUGUAUGGUUCAUGGCGACAAUAAAGGAUUAGUACUACCACCUAAUGUUGCUAGUGUUCAGGUUAUAAUAAUACCCUGUGGAAUAACAGCUAACUUAACAAAGGGAGAUAAUGACGAAUUGAUCAGCAAAUGUGAAAUGUUAAAGUCGCAACUUAAUGACAUUGGAAUUAAAACUAAAGCCGACUUGAGAGACAACUAUUCCCCAGGAUGGAAGUUUAACCAUUGGGAACUGAAGGGAGUUCCAAUUCGUAUUGAACUUGGACCACGUGAUGUGAAGAAUGACCAAGUUGUAGCAGUUAGACGAGAUACCGGUGAUAAAAUCACCAUUCCAAAAGAUCAAGUAUCUUCGAAAACAGGGGAUUUAUUAAAGCAGAUACAAAACCACCUAUUCCAGAGGGCCAAAUCUGAAAUGGACAAUCACACGGUAGUGUCACACGAUUGGGGAGACUUUUGCAGUCAGUUAGACCAGCGAAAAAUAAUACAUGCUCCAUUCUGUGGACGCGUUGAGUGUGAAGAAAGUAUUAAGAAAGAUAGUGCAAGAGACAAUGUUGCAGAAGAAGGUCAACCAGCUAUGGGCGCCAAAGGAUUGUGUAUCCCCUUUAAACAACCACAACAACUUGAGCCAGAUGCAAAGUGUAUUCAUCCGAAUUGUUCAGAAAUCGGAAAACAUUAUACACUUUUUGGGAGAAGCUACUAAUGAACAGUUUAACUGACUUCGUUUCAGAUUUUCCUUCUUUAGAUUGGUUAACAGAUAUAGUAACAUUAUCAAGUUUCAUGAAAAUAUCAAGUGUUCAUAAAUAAAGAUAAAAAGUACUUGUAUGUCCUCUAAGGUAGUAUAAUUGAGUAUUAACUAUCUUGUAUCACAAAUGAUCAAUUGAGAUUAUUUCACUCAAAUAAGUUUUUGACAGAAAUUAAAUUUAUGGCACAUUUGUAUUAUGAUUUUUCUGAUGGUAAUAUUGUUUCAGAAAAUAUUUUCAUCUGUUAAAUCAGUUAUAGAAUUUGGGUUGUGAACAUGGUGAAGGGAUAUGACUAAUAUAAUUCAAUUUUACAAGAAAGAAAACGAGUCUCUAUUUUUUCUUUAUAUUUCUAUAUUUAUUUCAUAUAUAAGAACUAGCUUCUCGUAAUUCAAAAAAAAUUAAGGUGAUCAUUUGGAAUCAUUUGUUGUCAUUUGCUCUAAUUGUGUGCUGUAUCCUUGUUUAAUUCUAAUAAAAUAUGAUGAAUGCAAAAAA